AUGGAGGCCGCACUUCGGCAAGUCAUCAACGCUAUCGUCAAAUACAGUAGGCUAGAUAUCACAUUGAUACGCAUCGGCGAUGUGGCCGAAGAUUCUUUCCGCGUCUCCUUCGAGGCUCACGCGUCCAACACCGGCCCAGUCACCGCCGUGCUGUCCGCCAUGGAGGUUGACCUGUGCGGACCGUCGGGUCGCUGCUUUGGUACCAUGACUCUGCCCGAGCUCGUCACGCGCCCUGGGGGGGCCCAUUUCGUCAUCAACGAUCAGCUCAUCCGCAUUACGGACCGCCCCGCCCUUCGCGACUUUGUCGGGACCGUCAUCGCCCGGCCCGGAACCGAGCUUGGUCUCCGCGACGGUCGCGCCUUUCUUACCGUACCCUCCCUUGGUAUUGGCCGCCGCCCCAUCUGCUACGAGAGGCAGCUUCCUACCGCUGGCAUGAAUGGACCCAAGGUCAGCGUGUCGAGCGCCGCUGUUACUUCCGACGAUGCUAUUAGUAGCAGAUGGGGCGUCGUGGUCACGGUCAACGUCAAAAACCCGAGCCCGGUGGAGCUCAGCUUCGGGGUGUGCGAGCUUGAGAUACAGACCGCGCAAGGUGCCGUCAUUGCAUUGCUCAAGGGACGUUUGGAUAUUCGUCGCGAGUCCGUUGACAUCGCGUUUAGCGGAAGCGCGGACCGGCGCGCGGCCGCUGCCGCUAACGUCCCGGGAAGGGGGCGACAACGGCUAGAGGUGAGGUUUGUCGGCAAGAGGUGCGCAGCCGCCGGAUGGUGCGACGAGGCGAUCAGGGAAAUCGACGUGCCGCUCGCGGGCGCAGAUAAAGUGUUUCGAGCACUGGGCUUAGAGGGCCAAGCGAACGAUUCUCGUGACGAGGCGAAGGAGAAAAAUAGAGAGAAGUCGCAAACGUCAUCCUGGCACGAGAAAUUCUGGAAGGGCGCGGCAUGGAUCUAG